AUGUCAUCCAAGAGACUAUCAACACUGUGGCCGCGCGAUAUCCGCGGGUCCCAAAACAUAUGUCUUUCCAGAAGCGCCACUCGCAUCCCGACACCGCUGGCAUCCGCCUCCGUGUCCACGCGGGAAUCCCCAAUGAAUUCGAUCUUCGCCAGAUCAUAUGCCCAAGGCAAGGUGUCUGACCUGGCCAAGAACUUCCGGCGGCCCGGAAACGCCGCCGAGAACUAUGUUGCAUAUGGUAUGACACAGAAGCUCUUCGAGGCUUGUUCAAGCAAAGCGGAUUACAAAAUCCCCCAGGCAUCGCAAAAGGGAGCGGAGGUUCCCAAGACGGAAGCUGGUGAGGAUCUUGGUGUAGGAGAGAGCUGGUGGUAUAAAGAGCUCGGCCUCAAGCCAACCUUCUCUACUUGGUCCCAAGUUACUUUCCUUCACAUGUACCUGUUGACCGUCCGUCUUCGUGCCCUUCCAACCCGCGAAAGCGUGACUACCUACUCCCGCCAUCUGAUUGAUCACUUUUCGCACGAAGCGGAGCACCGCAUGGAUGUGUAUCACGAUCUGGGAAGUCGUACCAUUCGCAACAAAUAUUUGAAAGAUCUAUUUAUUCAAUGGCGUGGAAUCAUCGCCGCUUAUGACGAGGGUUUGGCCAAGGGCGAUGCGGUGUUGGGCGCCGCUGUCUGGAGAAACCUCUGGAAGGGAGGCCAGACCGGACCGGACGGAGAGGAAAUUGAUUGGGCCAAGGUUGCGCAAGUGGUUGUCUACAUGCGUCGAUCCUUGGCGGAGCUAUCACAGAUGGAAGAGGUUGAUCUCGUGUUCGCACUUGCUAGCGGGGACAAGAACGCCGGUAUCUUCGAACACUCCGAGUCGGACAAGAAGCUUGUCGAGGCAAGCAACUAG